AUGUACGCCGCUCAGAAUAUAACGCCAACAGUUUUGGAUGCCAUGAACGGAAAUGUUUCCGAAUGGUAUAACGAAUGCGACAAUGCCAUUAGAAGGUCAGAAAUAGUUCCUGGAACUUACGAAUAUACAACUGCUGUUUCUUAUGGAAACGUAGGUGAGUUUGGAGAAGGUUCUUCAACAACAGUAGAUAUUGCUUGCGACAGGUUUCAUAUUAUUUCUAUUGACAACUCAUUCUUAUACGUGGAACAAGACAUUGAAAUAAAACCUUCUGCCAAGUUGUCUGACAAGAAAGGUUGCAAUGGAAUUUUCUAUGUCGGAUACCAAUAUGCUCCAGAAGUUUUCAUGGGAUAUAAGAUAUAUUCUAACUCUGACUUAGUUCAAACAGUAACAUGGGCAAACUAUGAAUGGUUCGCUUUGAGAAACUCAGUACAACCACAAGCUAGAGAACAAACAGACCAGUAUGCAAAUAUUGAGAAAAUAAGAAGACUUGACCCUAACGUUCCAGGAGUUUAUGUUAACCUUUCUGGUUCAGAUGGAAAUGCUGCCACUAAAGUAAAACUGAAACUUAGAGUUCCUUUGUCAUCUUUCCUCAUCUUCAGGUUUUUAAGAUACUUGCCAAACUGGGCAGGAAAAAUUUCUAUCGAACUUACUCCAAGCAAAAAUAACUUAGUCAUUGCACCAACACAAGACCCAUUCACUAUUACAGACGUAAAGGGAACAAAUAAAACAUCAUUCGCCGAAUUUUGCAAAGACAAAGUUGACUUAGACUUUGGUUUCUCAAACUUCAACAAUGAAGUAAACUAUUAUUUCAAUGCUGCUGGAGAUGCUUGGGACCCAGUUAAGUUCACAUGCGAAAAGUUUGAAUGCAAGAGAAUAG